AUUGUCUAAAGAGCCCCAGGCUAGCAGAUCCCAAGAAGUGCUGGCUGGCCCAAAAUAUAGCAUUUUGAUAAAGUUGAACCCUGGAGUGUUGAAGAAAGCUGUUCAUCUGAUGGGGAAUGCCUAAAUGUGUCUAGCGGCGGGAAGGGGCUUGGCUGUGCUUUGGUUGCACACUGUGGGGAUAUCCGCGAUAGGAGUGGCAGGAUCGCAACUGUCAAGAGCUCCCUAUCAUAGCUCUGAACCUACGAACCAGAUUUCUUGUAUGAAUCUUAUGAUUCGAUUCGUUAUAGUUUCGCGAUACAUAUAGAAUAACCAGCAUCCAUCUUCCACCCAAUUCCGCUGUGCAACCGCACCUCCAAAUGACAGUAUGGUGUUUGACCCUCUGUCGCCCAUCGCGCCAGCGAGGGUCAAGGCGUUGAUACUGCCUCUUGGACAGGUGAAAAGAGCACACUUUGAGACAUUUAUUCAGCGAUUAUACCCUGAGAAUGUCGUUCGACUGGGGGACAUUAGUCCCGAUCAACGACCUGAUAGAAACAUGUUCUCCCCACUGGCCUUUCCAGUUGGCAUGAUAGUUUAUGACCUUACGACCUCACUUCCACCUACUUCGCACCUCGCCUUAGCCCCCUUCGAAUUAUACCGCGCCCCGCUUGUCAUUCUUGCGAUUGCAGAUGGCUCCGAACACAAUCAUGUAUCAAAUAAAGAUAAGGACGGGAACGAAACUAAUGGAUACGAUUACCAGACGCAUUUACAACAUAUUCGAGAUUUAGACCAAGAGCUGGAGACUAUCAGAGACCAGUAUCCAAAAGCCUUGGUGCAUCAGGCCCUGCUCUUCGACUAUCACCAUCAGAAGGAGUCUACAGCACUGCCUGAUGGCUUGAUACCUGUGCCUUCUGUCAAGGCGUCUAAUAUAACGACGAUGAAGACAAUCAUGUGUGAUUUGUCUUCUGUUUUACUGGCUGAGCUGACUACAAUGGCCAAGUCAUUGCAAGGGAUGGCUAUGAUGGAAUCACCAAAUGUGGUUCUAGAUGGGAGGCAGGGCCCCGGAUACUCGUGGUCUAAUGGAGAUAGUGGAACUAUAUCGAGGCGGGCUUCUCAAUAUAGUAUCCCUGAUAUGGAUUCUCGAUCAGCGACGCCCGAAGCUGAUAGGAGCCAGGUCCGCAUGUCCAUGCCUGUACGGUUCGGCUCACAACAGGGGGAGCACUUACGCGCAGCGUCUGUGCCACGCCAAACAACACCCAGCGCAGGACCCAACACACCAAGUGAAGGCGUCUCAAGUACCAUGAGCCCGCCUUUAAGUCGGUCUAAUAGUGUCGCGGACAAAAUUCAAGAGCAAAGCCGCGGCCGUAUCUCAACGCAAGGUUUUGGAUCAGGUAGCCUCAGCGAGAGGUCGAGAAAUAAAGGAAAAGGCCGCGUUUCAAUAGCAAUUGGAGGCCUAUACCUCCAGGCUGGCCGUUGGCAAGAUGCUAUGAAAGAAUUGGUUGGAGGCGCAUAUAUUGCUAAGACCAACAAUGAUCAUCUAUGGCAUGCCAAAGCCAUGGAAGGACUUGUAGUUGCAAUGAUUAUGCUUGCUUGGAUUGGCUUAGACUUUCAGAUUCCACAACUCUGCUAUGUCGUGCCCGAAAAAUCGCCAACCCCAACAACACCUGGAACACCUGGAGAGCAGAAUUCCCCUGAGACAAUCAACCGGUUAGCAGUUCUACAAAAUCUCGCUGUACUUCUCCCAGACUUGCUGGACAGAAUACUCAGCCUGUAUGAGCGCGCGUCAAAUUUUACUGGCGAGUCGUUACCGCAGCUCCCGUUCUCUGAGUCUGCGAUUCGAUUUUCGAAGCUCCUAUCAGCCGUGCAUCUUGCCGGAGGUAGACUUGACGAUGGCUCCUUGCAGCUUUUGGUCUUGGGCACCCCGUUCUUUGCCAAACCUAAUACUCGAACCCCACGAUUAAAUAUUCACCCAGCUCGAUCAGUAAUUGCUACUACCUUAUUUCGGGCAUUUCCGUCAUCAGCCGCGGCGAAGGGGCUUUCUCUAAUCGACCGUACUGUCAUAUUGGCUGGCAUUGCGUCUGUUCUCGGGUUUCUUGGUUACGAUAGAAAGAAGGCUAUGGUGAUGCGGGAACUGGUUUCAAUCCUUAUCCCCGGGCUUGUGAGUGCUAGAAUUGCAGGCGCAGCAGAGAUGGGUAUACACCCUGCGGCAGGACUGGCUGCACUGAGCCAUAUUAAUGGUAAUACGACUGGGGCUGGUGCUUUGGACCUUGGAGAAGGUGAUGUUGAAAGUGGCAUGGAUGCACUAUUAGGCCUCGUGGGAAAAACAUACGGUGUAGUAGGCUUCCCGUCCUCGCCAAGAGGUGAUGCCAAAAAUGGCGACAAACCAUGCGAUGACUCGGAUGAGGCCGUUGUGGCACGCAUAAUGGAGAACACAGCAGCACGUCAAUUUGGGGGCAAAUCCAUGAAGAUGAAUGUUCUUCGGGCGUGCAUUGGCUUUUGUGAAGCUCUCCCUGAUUUUCAAGGUGUCCUUAGGUUUAGUGCCGAUUUACUGCGGACAGCUGGGACAGGGAUAGCACCAGGGCCUCGUACAGAGAAUGCGUCGCCGAUGAUGUCGAGAGACGAGCAAGUCAGACUGUCUAUCAAUAUUUCGAGGACGUUUGAUGCCGCUGCUAAAAUCGGGCUGCAAAAUUUAGAGGCCGAGUAUUGGGACGAGUUCCUCGUCCGUGGCGUCGAGCUUGAAGCCCUACCAGCUUCUCGCACCCCGAACCCACACCGGAGUUCUGAUCUUGGCGGGACGGCAAAAACUGCAGAAGCUGGGGGGAAGAACCCAUUUAUUUAUAAUCCAUUUUUGAAGAGGCCGAACACCGAAGCCGUGGAAAGGCUACUGGUCUGUGGCGAGAGCGCCACCUUCAAAGUCACUCUCCAGAACCCGUAUGAGUUUGAGAUAGUGAUUGACAGGAUCCGUCUUGAAGCUAAUGGAGGCGACUUUGAAUCAGCAGCGCAAGAAACUGUAGUUGGGCCUUACCGAACGCAGAUUCUGAACGUUUCAGGGACGCCUCGAGCAGCAGGUUCAUUUAAGAUCACAGGCUGUAUGGUCAAACUCAGAGGUUGUAGGGAACGCAGGUUUCCUAUAUUUUUAGAGCCGUGGUCGCCUCUCUCAGAUAUAAAGGUUAAAGCCUUAGGUCUUGCGGUGCAGAGAAAGAGAGGGGAACGCCCAGUAUCGGAUGCAUCUUUAUCGAAACGUCCGGCUAUCGACCCACGCCUUCCCAAGCCAUCAUCUUUAUCGUUGACGGCAAUCGCUCCGCAACCAAUGGUUGUGAUCACCUCCACCAGCUUCUCCCAAGCAGCUGCCAUGGUUCUUGAAGGCGAACGUCAAACUUUCUCCGUUACACUCAAGAACCUCUCGACAACCACCCCCGUUGACCUACUACUAUUUUCUUUCCAAGAUUCCACCCAAGGACCUCUACAGACAGCCCUUAGCAAACGCGAUGCUUCGCCUGCUGAACUGUACGAAUAUGAGCUUGUACUUUCUCGAAAGGCCGCAUUGCGGUACGUAAAGAGGGAAGGAGAGAGCGAUGAAACAUACAUACCUCCUGGCGCCACAAAGACGGUUGAUUUCGAGGUUCUUGGCAAACCAGGCUUGACAAGCGCGGCUGUUCUAAUUGAUUACGCGCAUCUUGGCCAGCCAGCCAGCAAAGUGAAGGGACCCUUUCAUACAAGGCAAGUUAGCAUGCCGAUAACGGUAACUGUUAACGCAGGAGUCGAACUCUCUCGGAUCGACCUUGAACCAUUGGGCCACGACAUCCCCAGCAACCUCUGGUCCCUGUGUGGUGAAGCUGCAAAGGGAGAUACCGAGGACAUCGACGCACGGGAUUAUUGCCUGUUGGUGCUAGAUCUUCGCAAUGCCUGGCCAUCACCUCUCCGCGCCAGGCUUGAAGUGGGCUCAGGCCGCUCCAUUGAAGAAGAAAUCCUGCCCGGCAGCACUUCAAGGGUCGUGUUCCCCAUAAAACGAAUUUUUCUCGACGACCCGCACAAAGCCAUCCCAGUCCUUGACCCAGCUAGACAGCGUCAGUUCGUAGUCAGCUCCGGCCGCAUAUCUGUCGACUCCGAGAAGGCCAGCCGCGAAGCCUUCUGGUACCGCGAGGAGAUCCUCCGUUCACUCAGCGGCACCUGGCGCACCACCUCAGGCACAGAACGCAAGGGUGUUAUCGAGCUUCGCGGUAUGCGCCUCGUGCCGCGCACGAUUGAUGCCCUCAAGAUCGAAGACGUGGGCAUCAGUUUGCGCGUCAACGGCGGGCCUCCGAGCCGCACACCACAGACAACUGUUGAGGUCGACGAUUUUUUGCAUCUCGUCGUUACUAUCACCAACCGCUCCGCUACACCCGUUUACCCCCUACUCCGACUGCAACCUAGUCUAUGCAACCACGCGCACGGGCACGCGCUCGAUCUCUCCAAGAAGGUGGUCUGGGAUGGGACACUACAGCGCACGCUGCCGGUGCUGGCUGCGCAUGGGACGACAGAAGUGCGUGUUACGAUGACGGCGCUGUGCAAGGGAGAGUUUGAGGUCGGGGCAUGUGUUGAGGAGACGAGGCUGUGGGGCGUGGAGAAGGAGAGGGGAGAUUUUGGGAAUAGAGAAAAGGUUGGGAGACAGAGAGCUGGGACAGAAGCGAUGAUGGAUGCGUUGCUUGGUGCCAGGGAGAGGAGGGUGUGGUAUGCGAGAGAACCGUUAGGAUUGCGGGUUGUUGAUGCCGAGAGUGAUAAGGAGUAGUGGUAGUUUAUAUGUAUAUGUAGAUAGACGAAUAGACGAUAUAAGCUUAUUCCCGAUGAGAGAGGAAGAUUAUUGUGAGAGUAGAUGAGAUUCUAUGGUGUGUCAUAAAGUGCGCCAACAAUGCUGUUCCGUAUCUAACCAUCCCCUUCCCGUCUCCAUAAUCCAAAUAUCUAAACUUCGAAGCAUCAACCCAUGGGCAUGCUUCCAGGCAUCGCAUACUCCUCACCCCGCGUCAUCCUCCUCCUCCUCCGCACCCCACCCAUA